CAUCCAUCUCGACCACAAGUCGCAAACAUCAAACGUUUAAAAGUACUCAAUUGGCCUACGAAUUCGUUCAAGCAACCGCUAUAAUGAAGAACGAGGGCGUGUCAUCGUCCCUGGCAGCCAACCGCACCAUGGUAGCUCACAUGCGUACGCUGCUGUGGAAAAACUACACUCUGAAGCGUCGACAUCUGCGGGCCACAGUGUUCGAGAUCGCGCUUCCGUGUAUCUUCGUGCUUCUAUUAGGUGCCCUCAAGCAUCUUGUGGACGACGUGGACGUCCCUGCAGGUUGGAGUGACAGUACCAAUCCAGAGAAUGACGACACGGCUGGAACCUCGUAUAAUUUAUACGACCCGAGCGGAUUUUCGCUUUCGGCAGUACCGACGGAGCUGCCCAAGUGGACGCAGUAUGAGACCUCAGUGACUGGACUGCUAUGGUACAUGGCUCGCCAGUCUGUGACGGACGGAAUGAAAUUGAACGAACUCUCGACCAGUGCGUACGAAACCUGUACGACCGGUGUGGCGAUGUACGGACAUGUGGACACGAAUUCGUCGUCUGAGUCUAGUGUACCCACGGAAUGUGACGGGCGCGUGGUACCGUACAAGAUCGCGGUAUUACCGGACAAUACCUUCACCCGCCAGUAUUUCAUGCAGACGAUGCAGCUGUGGUAUCCUCGCGUGAACCUACUGAACGAGUCAAAAUCGCUUCAAUUUGCCAGUUUGAGCGAAAGUGUAACGUUUUUUGACACGGAAGAUGCACUGGAAGAAUACGUAAAAGGGAAAACAUACGGUUCCAGUCUGGAUAAUCCGAAAAUCUACGGCGGAAUCGUGUUCGACAAAUAUCCAAGUGGAGAUAACAUCGGCUCGUUCUCGUCGAUCGAGUACACUCUACGCUUAAACUCGACUGAGACGAACAGUGGAGCACUCGGGCUUAUCCCUCCGACGAACGGCGAUGCUGCAGCUUUGUAUCCGUCGCAAAAAUCCAUCAAGACGGAUUAUUACACGCGCUAUACGCUGACAGGUUUCAUGACAUUACAGACGCUUGUGACUCGCUUUGUGACGUGUAUGCCCGACUGGGAUACAACCACGCAGACUACAACCGGUCAGUGUCAACGAGAACAAGCCACUGCAAGCGCAUCAGAUGAUCUGGAUGAAAAUCUAUUGAAAUAUCUAGAAAACGACGCCAUGUUAAAAUCUGCUGUCAGCGCGUAUGGUGCCAACCUCUCGUUGUCGGAACUAUCCAGCACAACGAAGGAGGCACUGCUGACGCCGUUGCGCCAGGCCCCUCAGCCUUAUCUCGGAGCUUCAGUGGCGCCGUUCCCCAUUGAAGCGUACACGAGUUCGCCAUUCUACGACGAUAUCUCUGGAGUUUUCGCGAUUAUCUUCAUCCUGUCGUAUCUGUACACGACGUCGCGGAUUCUGGUGGUAUUUAUCCAGGAGAAAGAGCUCCGUCUACGCGAAUACAUGAAGAUCUUAGGAGUCAAAGAGCGCGUGAUCAUCGCCACGUGGUACAUCACGUACACUCUCAUCAUGCUCCUCAGCGCCGUACUCCAAGCAGUCACCGGCCUUGUUGGAUUAUUCGCGAACAGCUCGGUGAUCGUCAUCUUCCUCUUCUUCUUUUUGUUCGGAUUGAGUGUCCUCUGCUUUGGAUUCUUCAUCAGUACCCUAUUCAGCAACGCGCGUACCGGUUCUUUCGUCGGAAUGAUCGUGUUUUUCCUCAUGUACUUCGUGGCUCAAGCGUUCACGGACGAUUCCCCCGAAGAAGACAUUAAGCAGGCGUGUGUUAUGCCGCCAGUCGCGCUGUCGUUUGGAUUAUCGACAAUUGCGGAUUUUGAGACGUCGGGAAUUGGUGCCAAUUUCGGGAAUCUGGACACGCUUAAUGUGAAUUUUCGACUUAGCACAGCGCUGCAGAUGUUCCUGUUCGACUGUGUGCUCUACACGCUACUGGGUCUCUACUUCGAGAGGGUGAUUCCCAAGCAAUAUGGCACAAGUCUCAAAUGGUACUUCCCUUUUUCUCCGUCAUUUUGGCGCGGAUGCAAAAAAUCCAAACCUUCGACGGAUAUUUCGACGGAUUCUUUGGAUAAUGUGGCCGUGGAUUUAAAUACGAACAUUGAGCGUGUGAGCGCUGAACUUCGCGAACAAGAGCGCCGAGGCGAGGCUUUGUCCGUGCAGAAACUACGCAAGACUUUUGAGGUUCCUGGCGGUACUAAAGUGGCCGUAAAAGGUCUGGAUUUAGUCAUGUACAAGGACCAAAUCACAUGUCUUCUGGGCCACAACGGCGCCGGAAAAUCCACGCUGAUCUCGAUGCUGACGGGGAUGACUGCACCAUCAAGUGGAGAUGCCAAAUACCGUGGAUUAUCCUUAAAUGAAGAUAUGGAGGAAAUCCGCGAAUCUCUCGGAAUCUGCUUCCAACACGACGUACUUUUCGAGGAUUUAACCGUCGAGGAGCAUUUACUGGUGUUUGGACGCGUUAAAGGAUACCGAAACGAAGAGCUCCAGACGCUUGUGGACUCUCAAAUUCGUCAAGUUGGUCUGACUGAGAAGCGUCACGUAUUAUCCAAGGAAUUAUCCGGUGGUAUGAAGCGUAAAUUAUCCGUGGCGAUUUCAUUACUUGGUGAUAGCUCGUUGGUGUUUCUGGAUGAACCGACGUCCGGUAUGGACCCUUACAGUCGACGCAGUACGUGGGAGAUCCUGUUAAACAACCGGAACGACCGCGUUAUGGUAUUGACGACGCACUUUAUGGACGAAGCGGAUAUUCUGGGAGACCGAAUCGCUAUCAUGGCUGAGGGAGAACUGCGUUGUUGUGGGUCGUCGUUGUUCUUGAAGAACCAAUACGGGGCAGGAUACAACUUGACUAUUGUUAAGGAUGACGCCAAGUGUGACGAUACGGCCGUCACCAACCUCAUCCGAUCCUACGUCCCAUCUGCUGAGCUUCUGAGUAAUGUGGGAAGUGAAAUCGCGUUCCAAUUGCCUCAAAAGAGCUCGGCGAUGUUUGCUCCGAUGUUUACCGAAAUGGACAAUAAAAUGACAAAACUGGGUCUUCUUUCGUACGGUAUUUCAGCGACCACAUUGGAGGAAGUUUUCAUCAAAGUGGCGGAAGCAGAUGACGAGAAUCAUCAACAUACUUUGGGCUACAGACGCGCAGAAUCCAAGGAGAUUGACGGCGUGGUAUUGCAGACGAGUGGAUUAUUCUUCUCCCAUUUAAGAGCUCUGCUUCUCAAGCGCUUCCACCACGCCAAACGCGAGAAAAAGAUGAUUAUCUACACGACGUUCUACCCGAUUCUACUGCUACUGGCGGGUUUGAUCAUCUUGAAAAGCAGUGGAACCACAUCGGAUGACCCGAACUUGGUACUGAACACCAGUGCUUAUAGCCCGGACAACGCGACAUCGACUCCGUACUACUGCCAAGCUGAUGAUAAGUGGUGUUCUGCAGUGUUUGGCCCGCAUUUCACGGGUGCUAGCGCUCAAGAGCUGGAAAUUUCGUCUCCAUCGUAUGAUUCCAACUCUCCGACUGUGUUUAACGUGACUUAUUCAGAUCCUGAGAUCAACGCCACGGGUUCUACUGGUUUUGGGCUUCGUAUGGGUCAAGAACUGUACAACCGAAGCUACGAAGGCCAGAGCGACUUAAAGGGUGGACAGUACGGCGCGUAUUUGGUGUAUGGAGACAGCAGCGAGCAGAUUUUCGGCUACAAUUUGGUGGUUAAUACGACUGCGACUCAUGCUCCGAUCAUCUUCAAGGCGUUGAUGGAUCAAGCCAUUUACCGGUUUUUUGCGGCCAAUACCAGUGACUCAAGUGAUGCAGAUGUGGACCUCACGGUGAACAACCAUCCGCUGCCGUUAACAGCAGCAGCCAAGGCGCUUUUUGGCUCGUUCCUGGCGUUUAGUGCCUGCGUGUUCGUGUGUAUCUCUUUCUCGUAUUUCCCAUUACCAGUUGUGGUUUAUUUGGUGAAAGAGAAGGAGGCGAACCACAACUCCAAGCACCAACAGCUGGUCUCCGGUGUGUCGCUGACUGCUUUUUGGCUGGCGAAUUAUCUCUGGGAUCUCAUGAUGUACGUGGUGCCAUGCAUCGCUGCUAUUAUCCUGAUUAAGGCGUUUGAUAUCUCGGCUCUAACCGGUAAUUCCGAGUGUACGAGCUGCACUUCGGACACUUUUUCGGCAGUGAUCGUGUUGUUCCUGCUCUUUGGACUCGCGAUCUGUCCGUUCACUUAUUGCCUGUCGUUCCUGUUCAAGGAACACGCGGCGUCUCAAACGUUCACGAUGAAGAUCAACUUCCUCUUGGGCGUUGUAUUGAUGAUCGUAUCGUACAUUCUGGAUGUGAUUGAAUCGACGGAAUCGGUCAAUUCGGUGCUGAAAUACCUGUGGAGAUUGUCGCCUUUGUUCGAUCUAGGCAACGGAUUACUGUCGUUGGUGCUGAAUGAACUGGAUACGCUUCAAGACGGCACGACGGAGAAGAAAAACCCGUUUAGUACGGAUCUUAUGGGCGCAGAGAUGAUUUAUCUGGUGCUCAUAACGUUCCUCUUCUCGGCUGUGGUGCUAGCGAUCGACUACGGCGUCAAAAUCCCUGGUUUCAGACGAAAACAUACCGGUAUUGAAACGGUCGCAGACGGUAAGUUCACUAUCGACGUGGAUGUUGCGAACGAAGCGCAGCGAGUUGCAAGCGGCGGAGCAGAUACCGAAGCUGUUAAAGUAUCGGGACUUCGCAAGGUCUACAAAGGAGGCAAAGUAGCAGUUCGAGACUUGUCAUUCGGCUUGAAACGAGGCGAAUGUUUUGGCUUCCUGGGUAUCAACGGAGCAGGCAAGACUACGACCAUGAAGAUGCUCACUGGCGACGUACAGCCUAGUAAGGGAACGGCUACUUUGGGAGGCUUCGACAUCUUGACGCAGCAGAUCGAAGUGCGACGACAGAUUGGCUACUGUCCCCAGUUUGACGCGCUGUUUGAGCGUAUGACUGUACGCGAACAUUUGGAGUUGUUCGCUGCGAUCAAAGGAGUGUCCAGAACCGAUAUGGAAAUUGUGGUAACCGAGAAGAUCGAGCAGUUAAAUCUCGCAGACUUUGAGCACAAAUUGGCUGGAAGUUUGAGUGGCGGUAACAAGCGCAAGUUGUCGGUCGCUAUUGCGCUUAUUGGCAGUCCCCCGAUCAUCUUUUUGGAUGAACCGUCUACCGGUAUGGAUCCGGUAUCGCGUCGAUUUAUGUGGGAUGUUAUCGCGGAUAUCUCGACACGAGGCAAGGAAUCAACGAUUGUGUUGACGACGCAUAGUAUGGAGGAGUGUGAAGCUCUGUGCUCGAAAGUUGGCAUUAUGGUGGGCGGACGACUGCGUUGCUACGGAAGUGUACAGCACCUGAAGUCGAGAUUUGGAGAUGGUCUAGUGUUCGACACUAAAUUCGACUCUGUCACUGCAGAAGAGCUGGAAACUCUGGUCCAAAAUGUAUUUGGAGGGGGUGAGAGCUUUGCAACUUCGACGGAUCUGGAAGAGAAGUGUCGUAUCUUCGGCAAUAUCGAGUUGGCGAAGCGGAUUACGCCUUCACAUCCGACGGGUUACAGUCUGGCAGCAGCAAUGGAGCGCGACGGAUUCGUCCAAGGAGAAGCUUUUUGUUCCUGGUGUGUGGAGGAGACGAGGUUCGAAACGCUUAAUGAUUAUCUUCGACAAGCGUUUGGCGCUGAGGGGGUGACUGUACUGGAGCGACAGAACGACUUCUGUCGCUUCAAAGUGCGUGGAGAACGAGGUGAGGUGAAACUUUCGAGGAUGUUCGCGCUUAUUGAGGACAUCAAGACGAUGAUGCACAUUCGAGAGUACAGCGUUUCACAGACGACGUUGGAGCAGAUCUUCAACUCGUUCGCAAGCCAACAGGAGGAAGAGCAGGGCGUCGCACGAGGAGUGUUCCGGGGAGAUUAGAUAGCUUGAGGUUCAACCGGACUUUAUUAGCUAUUACGAUAAUAGCAUGCAUUGAAUUGUAUUCUAUCUGCUUUUUUGCCAGCUG